CGGAGACAUGGGUUUUGGUAGAGUGAAUUGCAGGUGCAGGCAGAUACUGAUGGAUAAAGAAGAGACAAUAAGGAAAGAGAACUGUUCAUUUGCUGCAAUGAAACCAACUAGUACUUCUUGUGCUUCUUCUUCUACUAAAAGCACUUCUUCAACUUCGGCUUCUCGUCACCGCAAAAGCACAAGAAACCGAGCUGGUGAUGAGAUGAGAGGACAACAAGAUUUGAUAAAAAUGUUGGAUUCUUAUCAUCAUAGAUUACACACUAAGAGGACACCGAGUGUUGAUAGGAAAUAG